ACUGUCGCAAACGGGCUCCCAGUUCCUUACGACACUUGGAAAUCAGAUGCCGUAAAGUGUUUUGUCUGUACACAUGGUCCAGUAUGGAGGCUAAACCGAGAAAGAAGUCAUUUACGCCUAGAGACGGAAAGAAAACAUCAUUCAAGUCGAAAGGUAAACCUGGAGGAAAACCACAAGGCAAACGGCCAUUUAAACCUUACAACACAGACAAAGCAAAGGGUUUUAAAAAAUCAGGGGGAGAUGGAGGACCAAAGAAAUUCAACAGAGCACCAACAGAUGGAAAGUUCGCAAAGAAGAGAAAAUACCCUGGAGAUAGAAGCCAACAGGACGAAGGCUCUGAAGGGAAGAAACCUAAAUGGGAUGAAUUCAAACAGAAGAAGAAAGAGUUAAAGCAGAAUCGUCAACAGAACGAAAAAAAGGACAGUUACCAGAUUGUAAACAGAGCCAAACAAGUGUGGGAAAUUGUAAGACGGAAAGAUUGUGACAAGCAAAAGAGGGCCAAACUGAUGAAAGAACUACAGGAUCUUGUGAAGGGAAAAAUUAAAACAAUUGCAUUUGCUCAUGAUUCCACACGAGUGCUUCAGUGUUUUAUUCAGUUUGGCAGUGAGAAGCAGAGGCAGGAGGUCUUUGAUGAACUCAAAGAGCAUAUUGUGGAUUUGAGUAAAUCGAAAUAUGCCAGAAACAUUGUGAAGAAGUUUCUAAUGUAUGGGAGUAAACAGCAGGUGGCGGAAGUGAUGUUGGCUUUUAAGGGGAAGGUCAGACAGAUGCUCAGGCACUCCGAGGCGUCUUCAGUAGUUGAGUAUGCUUACAAUGAUAAGGCCAUCCUCUCCCAGAGACUCAUGCUCACUGAGGAACUCUAUGGAAACACAUUCCAAGUCUGCAAGUCCUCAAUUUGUCCUACAUUAGAGAAGGUUUUGGAAGCAAAUCCAGAGAAAAUGGAGGGCAUCAUGGAUGAAAUGAAGCAGAUCCUCACACCAAUGGCACAGAAAGAGGCCGUCAUUAAACAUUCAUUGGUCCACAAAGUUUUUCUGGAUUUCUUUGAGCAUGCUCCUGCCAAACAGAGAACGGAGAUGAUCGAGUCCAUCAGAGAAGCGGUUGUGUACAUGGCACACACACAUGAUGGAGCCAGAGUGACCAUGCACUGUUUAUGGCACGGCACACCAAAGGACCGCAAAGUUAUAGUAAAAACAAUGAAAUCAUACAUUGCAAAGUUUGCAAUGGGUGAAUAUGCUCAUCUUGUCUUAUUGGCUGCAUUCGAUUGCAUUGAUGACACCAAGUUGGUUAAACAAAUUAUUAUCUCAGAAAUGGUUAGUUCCUUAUCUGACAUAAUCAGCAAUAAACAUGGUAAAAAAGUGCUGCUUUACCUUCUGAGCCCAAGAGACCCUGCACACAUCUUACCCGAGAUCAUUCAGGUGCUUGAGAAAGGUGACCACAAUGCACACAGUAAGAAGGAUGUAGCAAUCAGGAAGAAGGAGCUGCUGGAAGCCGUGUCUACUCCUCUGCUGACGUACCUGUGUGAGAACGCUCAGUCAAUGGUGAUGGAUAAAGCAAGCUGUGUGGCUGUGAGUGACAUCCUGGGGGCCGCCAUUGGAGAUCUCAGACCUGCCAUGGAGGCUGUGGCGGCUCUGGCAGCCGGGCCCCUCGUACCAGGUGGAAAAGAUGGCCAGCUGCAUAUGGCAGAACACCCUGCUGGUCACCUGGUGUUGAAAUGGUUGAUCGAGCAGGAUGCUAAGAUGAAGGAGGCAGCAAGAGAGGAGUGUUUUUCCAGGAUUCUUCUGGAGAAAGUGGGGUUGGAGAACCUCAAGACGUGGGCUUCAGUCAACCGUGGUGCCAUUGUUCUUUGUUGCCUUCUCCACAGUGCAGAUGAAAGUGUUGCUGAAGAAGUGAAAGUUAUGCUGAAAUCCAUCCUUCCUGAACUACAGAAGGUCCAGAACUCUAAAGGAGUGGAGGUUCUGCUAGAAAAACUGGCUUAAAAAAAAGAUUAUUCUCCCAAUUCCAUGUUUUAUUUCUUUCUUCUGGAUUUUUAAUUGUGAAUUUAUAUGCUGAUGUAUGUAAAUACAAAAUACACAAGAAUA